UUAAAGCUAGAAGUUCGCAGACAUGUCAACAGCAAUCAAAGCGCUAGCAUUGCUACUGAUGCUGAUGCAGUGCAUCCGUGGGGAGUCCUUGCUGCCCAUGCAGCAGCUGUUGCAGCUGGACAACAUAGUUACGGACAGGAUCAACAGCAUGCUGAAGCAAUACGAGCAUUUGAGAAAUCAAACGGAAAAUGGAGAAUUCCUACGGCAAUAUGUGCGCCUGGAAAUGGCGGCUGCUCUGCCCAUCGCUCAGCUGGAUGAGAAGAUUAAGGCUUACAACGAGUAUCUCGCCUACGACAUGCUGCGCCGCGAACUGGAGCUAAAUUCAAUAAAUUUGGCAGACAGCUCGACCGACUCGAGCUCCGAUCAGGAUCUGCUACGCGAUAUCCGUGCGGAUGGAACACGUGCCACAUCGUAUACGGCCUUUGAGAAAAGGGUGCUCAAACUUUUACGAAAACUGGGUGUCUAUGAUAAAUUUACGGAGCGCGUCUUCAAAGCGAUAUUUAGCGAUGAGAAGCAACUCAAGAAGUUAAAGAAAAAACUCAAGGAACUGGACGAUGACGACAAGGACAAUGAUAAUGACUGUUGCUUGUGGGAUUUCAUAUUUGGUUUAUUCUAG